UUUAAUCCAAAUACAAUUUUAUUGAUUUUAGGAAUAUUGAGGACAUUUAUGACAAGGAUAUUCUUAGGCUUCAUAAUUUUCAGAACACAGUGGAAACAGAGAUAACUAAACUUAAACUAGACAUUUCAGGUGUUCACAAAAAUGGAAUUGAAAAGGAAGGAGAAAGAGGAGAAGGAAGAGAAGAGGAAGAGAUUCUUUUAUCCUUCAACAAUGUAAAGGAGGAGUUGAAUACAAUCAGGAACAUGAUGAAAUCUAGCUCCAAUACGCUGCACACUUUCAGAGCGGAGAUAAAUACAGUUUUUGGAGAUAUUGACAGCUUUAAGAAAGAAAAGCAGGAAAACGCAAUCCAGAUCGAGCAGUUGAAGAGGUAUGUGAACAGGUUGGAGCAGGAGAAGAUUGAGGAGAAUAGAGCUCAGGUUUAUCAUCUUUCAACUCUUCUCAACAAUCUAGAAACCAGUGUCGGGGCAACUGCACAGAAAAUCCGAAAGGUUUCCAAACAAUCCGCCGACGAUGAAAAACUAACUAUUUUAGUUGGAGAAGUUCAGAAGAUGAAAAAUCAAUUAUUCUUUCUCCAGCAAAGUAUUAUACAACUACGAACCCAGGAGCAUGUGAAUUCUAUGGUUCCGGGUUCAGCUUCCGGAGUUGUCUCUGUUCCUGGUGGUAUGAAUCCUGAAAUCGCAAGAAUAAAAACGGAUUUAGAACUAUUGUCGGGGAAGGUUUCCGGGAUUAUAGAUCUAGAUUGUGUUCCCAGGGAACAGUUCUCAUCUAAGUUUAAUGAAUUAGUUGUUACAGUAGAGAAGCAGAACCAAGCACUAGAAUCCUGGAGAACUAGAUUACAGGACGCGGAGACAGCUAAUACAAACCUUAUCUCCGGGUUCAAGGACGUGGUGGAGAGGCUGAACAAGGUUCAAGCCGAGCAGGAGAAAAGUGAACAAGAACGGAGAAAAUAUUUUCUUCUCAUGAAAGGUUUCAAGAAGGCUGGAGCUCUAGAACGCCAAGGUCAACUAAUCGGAAUGGUUUCAAAUUUCUUAAAAGCUGGACUCAAACUUCAGAACAUUAAAAUUGAGGAAGCAUAUCGACUAGAAGAUUCUAAAGGACGAGCUCCACCUCCUAUCCGGGUCAAGUUUUCAUCUAUACGGGAUAGAAACCUUGUUUUAUCCUCUAGCAGAGCAAAGAGAACCCGGAUAAGGGUUCAGGAUGACUUCACGGACAGGGUUAAAGAGAACCGUAGACGGUUGGUUGAGUUUGCAACUAAAAGUUCUUCCAAAACUAGGACUAAAUGGGCUCUGCAGGAAGAUAAACUAUUCUUUAACAAGAAAAUCUAUGUUUACAAUCAGACCCGGAGUCAAGUAGUCCCUGUUGCUGAUAUCCCCUAGAGGAGAUACUAAACCAUCCUCAGAACUGUCUCUCUAUAGCUAAUUUUCAUGCUAGUUUUGUGAGGAAAAGUAUUAAAUUUUGUUAAAUAUAAUUUUUUUCUAUCUUUA